AUCACAGUGGCGAAAGGAAGCUUAUUAACUGAGACAAAAGAAAAAUGAAGGUUUACAUGCUCUUUGCGCUCCUCCAGUUGUCCAUGGUAGAGCAAAAAUUUCAAGCAGCUAGCGCAGUAACUGUUAAUAACUACAUUAGUGUCGGUGGAAGUAACUCGACUCUUCUGGUGAAGCUGAUGAGAUCUUUGCUUUCAGAGCUGAAAAAGACCAAUGUCGGUACAUGUCCCAAGGUUGCCAAGAACUGUUACGAUGUUCUACAAUGUGGUGGGAAACAAAGCGGUGUGUAUUCUGUGAACCCUGACGGAAAAGGAGAAUUCCAGGUGUACUGUGACCAAAAAACUUCAGGAGGGGGGUGGACAGUUAUCCAGAAAAGAAAAGACGGCUCGGUAGACUUUUACCGUGGUUGGAAUGAUUACAAAAACGGUUUCGGAGACCUAAAAGGAGAGUUCUGGCUUGGUCUCGAUAAAAUUAACCGACUGACCCAUCAAGUUAAAAACCGUCUUCGUGUUGAUCUGGAGGAUACCAAAGGAAAGGGCGCGUAUGCCGAGUACGACUACUUUGCUGUAGCUAGUGAACAAAGCAAGUACAAGCUUGGCAUUGGGACCUACUCAGGUACAGCUGGUGAUUCAUUGUCUGGUCAUCGUAACUUUGCUUUCUCCACCAAAGACCAGGAUAAUGACGCGAAUAGCGGCAGCUGUGCCGUGUUGUAUAAAGGUGCUUGGUGGUAUACCAGUUGUCACGGCUCCAACCUCAAUGGCCUGUACCAUCACGGUCAGCACAAAUCAUAUGCUGAUGGUGUUAACUGGUCUGCCUGGAAAGGUCACAACUAUUCAGCUAAGAAGGCCGAGAUGAAAAUUAAGCCCGCCAACAUAAAACGUAAAUAGUUUUGAUGAAGCUCGCAACAUUUUACGGCUAUUAUGAACAAGUAGAAUCGAAAGUAGAAAUAAAAGAACUGAGUAAAACACAA